GGUGCAUUUCUAGUUCUCGAGCUCAUCCAGUUCGUAUCCGAGAAGAACACCUCACGACACCAUAUAUCUGAUCUGCACCUGCGUCGUAUUGGCCACGAGCUCGACUCCAGAAUUUCCUCGCAUCCAAGCGCGGGAGCUACCACCCCUCGCAGUCGCCGGCGCGCGGGUGCCUUGCGGCUGGUUUUUCUUUGGAGACACACAGCUCAGGCUCAGGGAACCUCUAGCUUGCUCGCCUAGUUUCAGUGCAGAUCUGCUUCGUGAUCUCUGCCUCCGCCCCUCUUUGGAGCAGUUUAGCGUGUUUUCCCCCGAUUCUUGUGAGGAUCUAAGGUUUUCUGAAAUUCCUCUAUCCAAAUUGUCCGGCAGAGGUGCCAAAUAAAGCCCCCUCAAAUUUACUUAUGGAGUCCAGUGAUGUCCAAAACCAUGAUGAAGACAGGAUCAGCAAAUUACCAGAUGAUAUCUUACUCGCAAUCUUGGAGAAAGUUAGCAUAAGUACAGUCAUAAAGACCAGCAUCCUGUCGACACGGUGGGGGCACCUUCCUUUGUUGCUCUCUCAUCUCUGCUUAGAAGCAGAGCAUUUCAUGCCCCAGAAUUCCACCACAGUGGUCGAUUACAAAUUGGUACGUGAAGCAAUGGAAGCUCUAAUUAAAUUGAUGAGCAGCUUCUUGGCUUCGCCCAAGAGAGAAAGCAACAUCAGGACAUUGAGCCUUAGGGUCGGCUUGGUCACCAAUCUCUUGUUGGACAUUGGCAAACUAGUUUGCAAUGCUAUCGACAGUGGUAAACUGAAGAACUUGGAGCUUGAGAUUCCAACUGUAAAGUGCAGUCGUUAUUCUAAUGAAAAGGAUAUGCAGGAGCAUGCGCAGAGCCUGAUGUUCUUUUUCGACUCAUCUCCUCGCCUUUUUGGUUGCCUAACAAAACUCUUUUUGUAUAAUGCGAGUUUCACAGAACCAGACAUGCACCGCCUUUUACUUAGCUGUGAGCAACUACAAAAUCUUAUUCUCCAUGAUUGUGAUAUUGGGUUCUUAUCAGUACUGAAGAUGGAUCUACCGAACUCAAAACUGCGUGCACUCGAACUUUGUUCAUGCAGUUUUGAGAGGGUUCAGUUAAUCUGCCUUCCAAAAUUAGUGCAGCUACAGUGUAAACAUUGGGAUUCGUAUACUUUUCCUGUUUCUUUCAGUUUUGUUCCUUGCCUUGAGGAAGUAAAACUUAUUUGUACUGCAUUAAGUCGUCACGCAAGAUUCAAGAUAACUGAACUUCUAGGUGAUACGACAAAUGUGCAGGCUCUUACUUUGAAUUUCCACGGAGAAAAGAUUUGGAUUGCACCAGAAGGAAAAGAACUUCAAAAUUCCUUCAAGACACUAAGGAAGCUAUUCCUACAUGGGAUCUAUGUGGAAUUUGAUCUUCUAUGGACACUGGUCCUACUUGAGUCUGCACCUUCUGUCCAAAUAUUCGGUAUCAAGAUAUGGAACCAUAUUUGUGGAAAGGACACACAGAGGAGAGAAAUAUGUUCUGAAAGAACAAUUGGUUCUUGGAGCACUACAAAGCUUGGUGGCUCGACAUCUUUCUUGCAAUUAAAAAGGCUUGAAUUUGGUGGAUUCCAGCAAGUAAAGCAGCAUUUGGAUCUUAUUAGAACUGUCAUCAAGCGGGCUCCCAACUUGGAGACUCUUCUUUUAGAAGACAAAAAAUACUGCCAAAAAUGUGAAGCAGUUACUAACUCAGUCUGUUCUUCAAAGACAUCAAUGUUCCGAAAGAAUGAGGAAGACAUACUGGUCAAGCAAUUUGGAACCGGUGACGUUAGCCGCCCCAUACAAAUAAUUUUCCGCCCACUUCAAUGCUGAAGAAAUAGUUUUAUCUUGCAUAAGAUUAUGUAUCGUGAGUUAUAUGAUAUUAUGAUGGCAAAGUGUUCACUUUCUGACGCUGUGCACCCAUCAGGCAUCAGGCUUAUUCGUUGAUGGCUUGAUGUCAUGUUUA